AUGAGUACAGAAAGAAUGCAAUCUUCAGACGAGGAAAAGAGCAGGCGUGGCAGAAAGAAGUCCUCUGCGAAGGUCGAAUUGAUAGAAAUAGACGGAAAGACCGUAUCGAAGACGGCUACUGGUAAACGUAAGUUCCACAAGAAAUCCAAGAAUGGCUGUGCCCAUUGUAAGAGAAGAAGAGUCAAGUGUGAUGAAACUCGGCCACAUUGCUUGAAUUGUAAAAAGAUGAAUUUAGACUGUGUUUAUACACCUGUUCAACCAAGAUCCAGGAAGAAUUCUACUACAACUGUAACGAAAGCCAGUGCAAAAGUAGAAAAACCAACUGUUGCUUCUUCACCUGCAGAUGCAUUAUCCAUGAAUCAGGUGGACAUUUUAGUGAAUACUAUGAAAGCUGAGGCCCAACUCCAUCAGAAUCAACAAGAACAAGAGCAGCAAGUUCCACAACAGCCUCAGCUGCAACCACAUCCUCUAAAGCGACAGGUACAACAUGAGAACAUUGCAGCAAAGAACAGUUCUGCUGCUAUGUCAGGUCUACCUAAACAAGGCAGUACAGGAGCUGCUGGAGUUACAGCACCUGUGGGAACUCCUGGCGCAGCAGGCUCAACAGCCACCCCAGAAAAUGUACACCUGCCGCCAUUAGCCCAGAAUCCCCAUUUUUUGCAACAUCUACAACAACAGAUACAGCAGCAGCCUUACCUACUUCCACAGUUGAUGACACUCACGAAUUCGGAGAAAUUCGCUGCACAGUUUGAGGUACCGAAUAGUCCUUCAACGGGUACCUUACAAAGCCAACCUAUGAACAUUUCGAAUAGUAUCGCAUCAUUAUUAGCAGGCUCGAAAAUUCCUUCAAAUUUGUCAUCAAACCCGUUAGCUCUAUUCCAACAACUCACCCAAUCACCACAAAGACCUAAUGCUAAGAUGAACAAUGCUGGUAAUCCAUUAAGUAACUUAGGUGGUUUCAACCUUAAACAAUUAGGAACCUUCCCAACCGCAGGAAUUGGUGGUGUUACAUACGACUUCCAAGAGCUGCUGGGUCUUAAAUCUGCACCAAACUCUGCGACAAACGACUCAACCACAGCUACUGUAGGUACGGAUCCUUCUAAACAAGAUACAGCGGUUGAAGUAUUGGCUGGACUACAAAUGAAACAAGAAAAAUCCACCAAUUCUUUGGUGCACAACAGCCUGGAUCUAAACACGCGAAACCUACCAAAUAAUCCAACAAUAUCGCCUGCUGCUCCAAUGUCACCUUUGAAUAAGUUGAAUGAUGGCCAAACUAGUUUGAACUCUGCAACGAAAUCAGUAUCAGAGAAUGGCACCAGCAUCGCUAAUGGUGUUGCUACAGAUAUGUCCAAGAUAGAUACACAAGAUUCAGAGUCUACAAACGGUACAACAUCAUCACGUAUUGGAUCGAUUGCCAAUAUGAUUGAGUUUUCAACGCAGACGAAUUUAAACUUGGUGGAUUUGAAGUUAUUCCAUCACUACUGUACCAAGGUAUGGCCAACUAUCAGCGCUGCUGGUAUUAGUGAGAAGAAGAUUUGGGCCGAGGAUGUGCCUGAGAUAGCGUUCGAAUAUCCCUUUUUAAUGCAUUCCUUACUGGCUUUUAGUGCAACACAUCUCUCGCGGACAGAAUCUGGCUUAGAAAGAUAUGUAACACAACACAGACUGGAGGCUUUGAGACUUCUACGAGAAGCCGUACUAGAGAUCAAUGAGGCAAACACUGAUGCUCUUGUUGCCAGUGCUAUCAUUCUCAUAAUGGAUUCAUUGGCAAACGCAGCUACUCCGGUAGCGAGCGGUGUUAACAGUCCAAUAAGCGCCGGAUCGCUAUCUGCUAGUGCUUGGAUCUUCCACGUUAAAGGUGCAGCAACUAUUCUUACUGCAGUAUGGCCACUUACGGAAAAGUCGCGCUUCUACAACCUAAUUAAUGUCGAUUUAAGUGACAUGGGCGACAUUAUCAACCAGGAAAACGGAUCCAUCACGGAAUUGGUGUGUUUCGACGAGAGUAUCGCAGACCUUUAUCCGGUCGAGAUUAACUCCCCUUACUUGAUUACACUUGCCUACCUAGAUAAACUAAACAAAGAAAAGGGCCAACCUGGCUUCAUUUUACGUGUUUUCGCAUUCCCUGCGUUACUUGACAAGACUUUCCUUGCACUCUUAAUGACAGGUGAUUUGGGUGCAAUGAGAAUCAUGCGGAGUUAUUACCAACUACUAAGAGGUUUCGCAAGCGAAAUGAAGGACCAAGUGUGGUUCUUGGAAGGAAUUACUCAAGUGCUUCCCCAGGAUGUCGAUGAAUAUAGCGGUGGUGGUGGUAUGCACAUGAUGUUAGAUUUCCUCGGUGGUGGGUUACCCUCCAUGACUACCACAAACUUGUCGGAUUUUGGAAUUUUCUAG